AUGAAUGGCACGAAAACAGCAGAAAUACGUAACUUCAACUGCAGGGCAGUUCAGCCGAAAGGACAUUUCUACGUCCUUCGUGUGAACAAGGGGCAGCGCAACAUGAAGGGGCAGCCAGUUCUGGAUGUUGUGUGCAAAGGGAUGUUUCUUGGGAACCACUUUAUCCCCCACAACGCCUUCGACAGCUUUUUCGAAGAUCAUCAAGUCUCUCCUGAAGCGUACGCUGCCAUGCGACGUGGUUGGGCUUCUGACAAAGGAGGGGUAGUGGCUUGGAAGAUGGAGCUUGUGGAAAUCUACAACCCGCCCAAGUACCUGCCCCACCGUGGUCAGGACUCGGGCACUUGCAAGGCGAUGCAUGGUUUGACCGUUUGCCGUUGGCACUUCUUGUUGACCUGUCAGCUACAGCCUAUUGAGACCUGGUAUCGCUUUGAUUGGGACGAUGUGUGGGAGGCCAGGGACGACAUACCUCUGGUGAAGAAGCGGAAGGCCGCGGACAUGGAGGACAAUGCCGGCGGCAAAGCAAAGAGUGGUGAACCUUUGUGGACACUGACCGUGACCCCGCCUGGAGACGAACCCGUCAUUGACAAGACCGAGCAGUGCUUCAUUGAAAGAUUCUUGACGCCAAAAGCCCAUGGCCAGCGCACGGCUGACCCGCGCAAGGCCAAUGAAGUCCAGCAACGCGACAGCUCCGAUCUCUUGAUACCGAGCCCGCGUCGUUUGCUGAAAAGUCCUAUGGCGGCUAUGGCGCCUGUGGGGAGCCCUUCUCGCAACGCUGCGCUUGGGACGUCGGUUGACCAUGUGGCAGGGUCUGUGUCCUCGCCGUUGCCGGCCACAGCAAGCAACAAAAACCGGGUGAAACGCCUGGAUCAAGUGUUUGAUUACUUCGACUCAUUUCUGAACGAGAUUCUUUUGACAGACGAAGACAAUGAAGUUGUAGCGGCAGAUCCCUGCCGGAGAACGUUGCAAGAACUUGCCGCGCACCUGUCGCAGUCUACGCACAGCUCAGCUUUUUCAGGAGUGGCUGCGCCCGAGACUGCCCUUCUUGGCUUGCGCAAGGCGGUGCAGGAUCGUCUUCCAAAUGUGAAGGUUCCUCGCCCGCAGUUGCUGUCUUUCAUCGAAUGGAACACAGAAUGCCAACGUGAAUUGUUGAACUUUGUCAACAGCCUCCCCGAUCCCGGCUGCUGCGUCUACAGGGACAUAGCAGAGUUCUUUAAACCAGAGCUGUCAGAAGUCAUCCAAGAGCUCUACAACAAGCCUCACAUGGCCUGCGAAGUUCUGUUGCCAUUGAUCGGUGCCCGGCAGGCCAUGAGACGUAAGGGAUUCUGCGUACGCCACCAAAAGCAUUGCUUCCUGAGAUCGGCCAGAUGUCACACCGCAGGUUCAUCCUGCACAGCUCACAGUCGCCAAGGCCUUCAAUUGGGAUUAGCCGAUCGCAACGUAAUCCAUCUGCUGGCCUGGCUAGGAUUCUGGAGUGUUCAUAGACCAGGUUUUUCCAGGUUUUUUUUGUGA